GAAGUACCCGCCCUUUUGAAGUCGCCAUAUUGUCCAUGUCUUCCGCUUUCAGAGGCGAAUCACAAAGGGGUGGCAAACAGGAUUAAGAAAUUGCCAAUAAUUCUGUCCAAGUUUUCAUUUCAAGCUUCAUCUUAUUAUUUUAUAUUUGUGUAAACAUGUCAGAACCUAAUACCGAUCACAUUGACUCCGUAGAAGAAGAAUUAGAAGUGGAAUCUAACUACAAACCCCCACCAGAAAAAACAAUAGAACAAAUCCUAGAAACAGAUAAAGAAGAUGAAAGUUUACGCAAAUAUAAAGAAACUCUUUUGGGAGAGGCAAAGUCUGGAGGUGUUGUUGUAGAUCCAAAUGAUCCCAGGAAAGUAAUAGUAAAAAAGUUAGCGCUGUGCGUAGCAGAUCGGCCAGAUAUGGAAUUAGAUUUAACAGGUGACCUCUCUCAGUUAAAGAAACAGACGUUUGUAAUAAAAGAAGGUGUUAGCUACAGGAUCAGGAUUGACUUCAUUGUUCAACGUGAAAUUGUGCAUGGCCUAAAAUAUGUUCAAAAAACUUAUCGUCUUGGAAUGCCAGGUGUCACAGUGGAUAAGAUGAUGCAUAUGGUGGGUUCUUAUCCUCCAAAAACGGAAAUUCAAUCAUAUACAACACCAACAGAGGAUGCACCAGCUGGAGUAAUGGCACGUGGUUCUUAUAGUGUAAGCUCUUUGUUUACUGAUGAUGACAAACACGAACACCUAAAGUGGGAAUGGUCAUUUGAAAUUAAGAAAGACUGGAAAGAGUAAGCUCCCUUUUAUAAUGGGAAGCCCUACAACGAUCGCAAUUAAAAUAAAAAUGCCAAAAGGGACUCUAAUUUUUAUAGAUAUUCAGUCAUACUGCGAUGCCAUAACUGUAUUUUUUAAGUAAUAAGAGAAAGAGUAACAUUGAUAUUUAUUUAGAUACUUUUCCUAAAUCGUAAACCUUAAAAGUGAACAAUUGAGUACAUGAAUAUAUGCAUACAUAAACGCACAUACUAAAAUAUGUAUAUGUGUAUACAUAUUUACAUAAGCAUAUGUAUAUGUAUGUAUACACAUACAUAGUGAAUCACGUAGGUACUAUUUUAUAAUCAUUUGAAUUGUGUAUAUCAGUCAGUAUUUAAUUGCCUUUAUAUUGUGGUUAUUCAUAUAUUCCUCUUAAUUUUUCCAAUUAAGAUCAGUGUAAGAUUCUUUAGUAUUAUAUUGUUAACACAUUUUGCUAAAGUUUACUGUCUUGAUUCAAAUCCCUUAAUAGUAUAUUUUAACUAACAGUUGAAUGACAAGAACAUGCUAUUAUUUCAAAUAGUUUGUCUUUUAGUAUUCAAAGCUUGGAAAUAUAAAUAUAUAGUUCAAGGAUAUAAAUAUAUAUCAAGUUAAUAUACGACACAUUAUUAAUGUAGAAAAUUUAAAUGGUGCGCUUCAAAUAUUUCUUUAUGUCAUAUAUAUAUAUACAUUAUUACUUUUUAUUAUAUCAUAUUGGAUUUAAAUUGUUUUAAAAUAUGGAAAGAUUUCCCACAUAAUAUGACAUUUUUAUAGUCCUUCAUAUGUCAAAUUUAAACUAUUAAUUAAUUCUUUUGUUUUAAUAAGAUUUACAGUAUGAAAUAAUAAUUGUUUUGUAAAACAAUUUUUCUUUUAGAAAAAAUUUUAUAAUGUACAUUAAUAGAAAUUGCAAUAUGUAUUGCAAUUGUAAUUCCAAACUACAAUAAAAAUAAAAAUAUAAAUUGCUUCUCAGUUACAGCUUAGAAAAGGCAAGUUACAAGCGGAAAUUAUUUUUUUGCUGAUUUUCUUUGCUGUGCAUGAUGUGUAAUAAAUAAUGUAUGCAUUUAACACGAGUCCCUAUGUGUAGAACAAUAUCAAGUUUCAAUUAGAGGGACUAAAUGUUUGUUAUUAUAAAGUGUUAUUUUAAUAUAUUAUUCAUUUUUUUUUUUCUACAUUUUAGAAAUAAUAGUUUAUUAGAAUUGCUUCUCUACUUUAUUCAUUAACAGUACCACGCUAAUAAUGUCACAUAGCAGUAAAAACAAAUGAAAAACAAAACAAUUUUAAAAGUUCCGAAGUUGAUUCUAUUUAAGAAUGCACCGAAAAUGUAUUUAAUACUGUUCGUGAUUCUACAACUGGACACAUGUUAACCUAUAAUUUUAAGGUUAUACUACAUAUACAAUAAACUCUAACUAGCUGCAGUAAAAAAUGAAUGUUAGUAAA